GCGUUUCAGUUUUACGAAGUCGAAAUUUCAAAAACAACCAUCUUUCUCUACUUUAAAAUAACAGAAACUCUCUGUGCUCCUCUCUCUCCGUCCACAUCCCUGCGGUGACGGUCCUCCACAGCCUAAGAAACGCCGCCGUCGCAUGCAAUGGACAAGGGCCUUAUCUCUGUGGAUCGGUGGACGGGCUACAGCCAGGCCUACUUCUUGACUCACCUCCACUCCGACCACACCCAAGGCCUGUCCUCCACCUGGUCAAAGGGCCCAAUCUUCUGCUCCCGCCUCACCGCCAAGCUCUUCCCCUUCAGGUUCCGGGACUUCAACCUCUCGUUGCUUCGUGUCCUCGAUGUCGGCGUAUGGCAUUCCCUCUCUCUCGUCCCAACCUCCCCCGGUACGCAGUCCGUCGUCCAGGUCCUGGCCAUCGACGCUCACCAUUGUCCUGGGGCAGUUAUGUUCUUGUUCCGUGGAGAUUUUGGUUGUUUGCUUUACACCGGUGAUUUCCGUUGGGAAGCAACUAGUAAGAGGGCAGAUAUAGGGAGGACCAUGCUCCUCAAUGCUCUCAAGGAUGACGUGGUCGACAUUCUUUACUUGGAUAACACAUACUGCAAUCCAUCAUACGCUUUUCCGUCUCGAGAAGUUGCUGCUCAGCAGGUUGUCAGUAUCAUUGACUCCCAUCCUGAACAUGACUUCAUUAUUGGGAUUGAUUCUUUGGGGAAAGAAGAUCUUUUGCUUCACAUUUCUCGUGCACUUAAAAUAAAGAUUUGGGUGUGGCCAGAACGCUUGCAAACUAUGCACCUUCUUGGGUUCCAUGACAUAUUUACCACCAAUACAUCUCUUACCAGAGUGCGAGCAGUUCCUCGUUACAGUUUUAGCAUUGAAACUUUAGAGGGACUGAAUGCAAUGCGCCCAACCAUUGGUAUCAUGCCAUCUGGUCUUCCAUGGGUGGUGAAACCUCUUGACAGAGGUGACAAACUUUUUGGUUCUCUUUUGACUUCUCGUUACAACAAAAGCGAAUGGAGUGGAAACAGUGGGAACUGCACUGAUAAGCAAAAUGGAGGUCUAGGUUAUGUGGAAAGAUUUCAUGAGUACAUUUAUUCUGUUCCAUACUCGGAUCACUCAUGCUUUGCAGAGCUGGAGGAUUUUGUAAAACUUAUCCAGCCGACCAGCAUGAAAGGCAUUGUCUCUUCAUCUACUUGCUAUGUUGAUCCUCUGUACUAUUUUGGCCGUCUUUGUGGAGCCAACCAACCAGCUCAAAUGUUACAUCACAAACAUAGGAGAAAAGUGAGAGUUGAAAAAGUUCCAGCUGUCUGGACCAGGACUUCCUUUAGCAAGGGUGUUUCUGCUGAGUCAGAGUGGAAAAGAGGAAGAACUGUGAAGGUUAAAUAUUCGGGUAUUCAUUUGAGCAGGAUGCGUGCGUUGAGACGAAGACAGUGCGGGGCAAAGUUAGUGGAAAAUGACUGUCCUGAUUGAUUGUUCAUUGUUGGCAGUGAAAAGGGAUGAUGCCCGAAACUCUCGUACUGUUAGUUUUAUUCACUUAAGGCUUCAACAAUCAAACUUGCGGUAAGUUAGUUUCAGCCAUUCGGGUAGACAGUAGUGAUGGUUGUUUGGUUUGUGGAGCCUGCUUUUGUUGGUGUCGGCCCAAAUUGAUGACUCGACCCGACAAGUCGAAGCAAAAGUUCACUCGAGCGAAGCUUGGACAGAUAGUUUGCUCGACGCAUACUCGACACUCCAUUUGAGUGAAGCUCAAAUAAAGAGUUUGUUCGAUGCGUGCUCGACAUGCUGCUCAAGCGAAUAAAAUAGAAGAGUGAAAUUAGGAUUUCUGUCUUGUGACACUAUAAAUAUGUACUUAAUGCGGGUUUUGAAUGUUUUGAAUAGUGAGAUUUUGUCUCAAAGUGUAUUUGUGAUUUCCUAGCAUAAUAAAAUCAUCUGCAACUCUGUAAAUGUA